AUGCUCAAGUCAUCAUUGACCUGUUUCGGAAUUUCCAGUUCAGUCACCAGUCGAUAUGAUGCCAACAACUUCUGGAAACAGGAGGCAACCAUAAAACAGCAAGACGAGUUUGACGGAGAGCUUUGCCAUUCAAUCACAAUCACAAACGCUUGCUUCGGUCAUAUUCUUCAUGCUGAACGAACGGAGGAUAGUGUGAAAAUAUACGGUAUCAUCGACCCGCAAAUCGUAGAAAUCGAGCACGAUGCAAGCAUCGAUAUUCUACAUCGAGCGCAGACACCCAAUUGUGAUCGUGAAUGGGCUGAUCGCCAACAUGCCCUAGAAGGCGACCUGCUAGGCGAUCGCCUUCUCGCUGGAAUCCGAGAGUUUCACGGCCAGCUGCAAAUGUGCUCAACCAAGCUCCAUAUUCUCCAACGAGAACAUCAGCACCACGUGCACAACCGACAUCAUUGGAACUUUUAGCUCGUGUUGCCGAACCAAUUCGACCGGCUAUCCCAGCGUUGGCCCCAGUGGUUCCAACCCCCGCCCAAAAGAAAAUCGCCAUGAGACGGAAAUUCUGGAGCCAGUGCUGUUCUCUAUGUGCCAGCAACUGCACCGAUUCCAAUUCGAUCCGGAAGAACGGCUGUCGCUGCCGCCUCAGCAUCGAUACACCAAUAUUAUACGGAGUUUUUAGAAAACGGCAAGCGCACAAACGCAGUGCCAAGAGUUUCCAGCACGCAGAAUAUCGACCUCCGCUGGACAGAGUUAGCAAAACCAAAGCCAGAUUCGAUUGCAACAGCAUCACAGACGUCCGCCAACAUCUGGAUGCUAUCAAAAACGUUCUGGAUUUCCGGAAUUAUGGUCGCACGCGAUCUUCUCGCCAAGCAUCAAACGCUUGUCAAGUCUGCACAAUCAUACGAUUCUACUCCGACACAGGCGAAGCUCCAAUCGAUAUAUGUACUAAAAAGUUGUCGAUUUAUCGGCAAUUUGGGGGCCGACUAAUUUUGUGAGUUUCUUUUUUUCUGAAAUGAAAAAUAUUAAUUUAUAAAAUUUCAGCGCAAGGCAGGUACCAGUGGCAAUACCUCUUCAGCAACUUCCCUGGUGCCAAAUAUGUAUAUAUCAACCAAAAAAAUCGAGAAAUUAUCAAAAUCAACAAAAAAAAACUGGAAAAACAAAAAACACAAAAAAAUUGCAUUUUUAUCAUUAUUCAAUGGAAAUUAUUAUUUAUUCGCCCGUCAAAUGA